AUGGCUUCAAAACAACUUGGUAAAAAGUUUCAGCCAAAAAAACCUCAGAGAGCCUCAUUUUCAGUCAAAACUCGACAAGACGGACCCGUGCUGCUCAUCGGAAUCAAUCGUCCGCACAAGAAGAACUGUGUGAACCACGCGACGGCUCUGCAGCUCAUCGACGCGUUCGAGCGAUUCAACGAGGACGAGGCGCUGAAGACGGCGGUGCUUUACGGCGAAGGCGGCACGUUCUGCGCCGGCUACGAUCUGGAGUCAGUGUCGAAGGCCGAGCAUGAGGUGGUCGACGAGACUUUCUUCGACAAGUACCGAUACAUGGGACCGUCCAUCAUGAAGAUCAAGAAGCCGUUGAUCGCGGCGAUCGAGGGGUACGCGGUGGCCGGCGGGCUCGAGCUCUCGCUUAUCGCUGAUUUGCGGGUCGCCUCGUCUUCCGCCAAGUUCGGCGUGUUCUGCCGACGCGUCGGAGUUCCCCUGAUCGACGGCGGAACUGUCAGACUGCCACGUGUUAUCGGACUCGGCAGAGCGCUCGAUAUGAUUCUGACAGGCCGCGAGGUUCGGUCGGAAGAGGCCUUCCAGUGGGGACUCGUCAAUCGGAUCGCCGAGGAAGGGAAGGCUGUGGAAGAGGCGGUCGCACUCGGGAAGCUGAUCGCCAAACAUCCGGAACAGUGCAUGCUGGCCGACCGACAAUCCACGUACUACUCGUUGGAUCACACGGAAGACGAGAGCUUUGCGUACGAGUUCGGAAGCACCAAAGUGCUCGCGGAGAGCAUCAAAGGAGCACAGAAGUUUAUCGAAGAGCAGAAGAACAGAAAGUCAAAGCUGUAA